AAUUUCACUCACUAUUUGGAUGUAUUAGAUCAUAAUUUUCAUAAUCGAUAAUUUCUUUUAUCGUAAUGUUAUAUUUAAUAAGAAUAAUUUUCGUAUUGUUAUUAUAAUUAUUGUAUGCCUUACAUAUUUAGCAACUAGUUCUAAAUUUAUAUUCAAUUUCGUAUCAAACAAAGCAAAUAAUAAUGACUUUAUUGAGUGAAAUAUUGUCGCAUAAAAAUCGAUUCCUAAAAACUAUAAUACUAUUCUUCUCGUUUGUUGUCUUGGGCGCAACGAUAGCAGUGAUCGGUCCGACACUAUUGGACUUAAGACAAGCCGUAAACGCGGAUUCGCUGCAAAUUAGUGUCAUAUUUCCGAUCGGAUCCGUUGGUUACCUGUUAGGGUCCAUAGCCGGGGGCGUUGUUUACGAGCACUUUGACAGUCAACUAUCGAUUGCAUUCUUUGUCCUAAUUAUGACCGUUUGUAAUGUCGUUAUCCCAUGGAAUCGAUCGAUCAUUAGUCUGUCGGCCACUCAGUUCGUGAUGGGUUUGGGAGGUGGAGGUCUGGACACCGCCGGCAAUGUGUGGCUGCUGCACAUGUGGGGCAAAAAGUCAGCCCCUUUUAUGCAAGCUUUACACUUUACGUUUGGCCUAGGUGCUUUCAUCGCACCCCUCAUCGCAGAACCAUUCCUCUCAAACAAGAAGAAUAUCACCGAAAGCGGCGAAGAAGUGGAAGUACUGGUGGGCACCGCCUUUGAGGAUCUCAUGAUAUGGUGUCCCUACACCAUAAUCGCCGGCUUAGGACUCGCAACUAUCAUCUCACUCGUGAUCAUGUAUUUCAUCAAAAGCAGUGAUAAACCGCAUCCGAGUAUUCAGAACAACGAGUCGUUGAUUAUAAUGACAUUAAAGCAAAAAGUGUUGAUUUUGUUGAUCGCAUCCAUAAUAUUCCACUCGUAUUGCGGACUCGAGAUAGCCUUCGGACGGUUCAUGACUACAUUCGCUUUCUAUAGCGACCUCCACCUCAACAAAUCCAUCGGCGCUUACAUGACGUCCGUCUUUUGGGGCACUUUCACUCUCUGCCGACUCCUCACCAUAUUUAUCGUCGACUCCGUGGGCACUACUGCCAUGAUUUGGGCCGACAUUCUCAUUGUGAUGACCAGUAAUAUUGUUCUCAUUAUAUUCGAUUUGGUUACAUUGAGUCCACAAUUCGUGUCAGCCCUCCAUAAUCACCGCUAUUUCAGCGAUGAAAUGAAGACAGUUGUCCAGAAAUUAUCGACGGAUGGCGAGAAAAUACUAUUUAUUUUGGUUUGGUUUACGAGAUCCAGGAGUACUUGCGAUGAAAUAAUCCGAUUGUUAUGGGAAUCGGGACAGAAGGAGGCCUCACAACGACUCACCCAUUAUAACACAUCCAACGGGCACAUGGAGUUUAGGAUACAUCCGGAUAUUCCAUUACGGGAAUGCAAUGCACCGAUGAUCGGGAGUCUAUACUACCAAAUGAUGCGAAAGCCUCGGGGAAAGUGUAUUAUUAUAAACAAUGUGCCCAAAGAAGUCUAUAUGGAAACGGAUCGCUUUAAACACAUUUUUGAAAAACUUCACUUCAAAGUCAAGCCUUGUUUCGAUUGGACGGCUCAACAAAUUGAGGAAAAUCUACGCAAAUCCAGCGAAAAGAUGGUAAAGUCGGAUGCAUUCAUCCUAAUGAUUGUGAGCCACGGCCUGGAGGAGCAAAUCCUGGGCUCGGAUGCCUGCGAAGGGAUCAGAAUAUUAUCCGUCGAUCCCAACAAUACUGAAGCCCAACGACUAGUAAACACCGAUGUUAUUGACAUUAAGAGAAUCGUCGAUAUAUUUUCCGAUAAGAAUUGUCCGAUUCUGCGAAAUGUGCCCAAAAUAUUCUACUUCACGUGCUGUCGAAACUCGUUUGCCAACCAACUGAGUGAACAACAGAAACCUGUGGAGGAGUCCAAGAAUUUGGCGAAACCUUUCGUAGAAGUGGUCAGUCAUGAGAAGCGAUCGUUUCCUAACAUGAAGUCAUUGGACGAGCAAUGGGUUGACGACAAUAAAGACACUUUCAUCUGCUAUUCCUGUGCCGAAGGACAUAAAUCGUAUUACGACGAGAUGUUGGGGAUCACACACUUUGGACAGGCAUUGAGUCAUACGAUUGCUCAGUACGCCUGCGAAGAGACCUUGACAUCGAUAAUGAGCAGGACGUGCGAUUUUCUGCAGCAGUUCUUUGAGGAAACGGGUUGUUAUGCGCCGGAGUUCAGAGGCAAAGGCCUCAGAAGACAACUUUCCUUCAAUCCAUGAAUUUGUCUUUUAGUUCAUUGCAUUUAUAGA